ACGCAUAAAAUUAUGUUAAUAACAUUAUUAAAGCGCUUUGUAUCGAACAAUGAUCACUAGAAGUGUCAGUGCGUUAAGUUGUGGGCGCUAAGUGUCGGUACCUACGCAUAGGGUGGGAAAACCCACCCUGAUUUCCACUUUCCAGCAUCAAAGCUUAAGCUUCAGUAUCUCGGCCUCUGCCGCAGCGAGUGGACGUCGUGUCUGUGCCAGUUGUUCCGCGAACGCUCGACGUGUUAUGAGUGAAUAUAAGUGCGUGUUGUGAGUGUUACAGUGGAAUGUUCUUUGUUCACCAGGACUUUCUACGUCAAAGGCGAUUAAAAUGUAAGAACGUAGUUUGAAACAUCAAAAUGUUUGGGGAACUGUACAGGUUUUUCAACUUCAGGCUCAGCAUGCGCCGCCUCCUCAGCCUCACGCUGCUCAGCCUCGCAGCGGAGCACGUGCGUGCGCAGGAGCGCGACAGUGAGCACCAAGGCCCGCAGCCCUGUGGAGGCCAUCUCAAGGCCGCAGUAGGCACCAUCACCACACCAAACUUCCCUAAUCCCUUCCCCGUUCCUAUCAAGUGCAAGUGGAUCAUCGAACACGACAUAGUGAAUGGGACGAUAUCGAUAUACUUCACUCAGCAGUACACCACCAGUGGGCUGACCUUCACGGAGUACAUGUACUAUGACGAGACGUACAAGUUGGGGGAGAGGAGAGCGCUCACUGUCACUGAGGAGAACAUCACCAGGAUCAAGUGGCUGCAGGUGCAGAGUCCAGUGCUGGUGGUGGAGCUGAACCUGAACCGAGUGGAGGGCACGCAGCUGCGGGCGCUGGGCCUGCUGGCGGUGUACGGGUUCAACGUGACGUACGAGGUGCGCGCGCCGACGCGCCCGCCCGGGCCCACGUCGUGCAGCGCCAUCGAGUGCAGGCUGCUCGGACACUGCUAUGCGCGGCAAGACUACCAGGAGUUCUUCUGCUCGUGCUUCGAGGGCUACUCGGGCGCGGACUGCGGCGUGGGCCCGCGCUGCCCCAGCACCAACUUGUGCAAGAACGGCGGCACCUGCAGACAGAUGGGUCCAGCCGCCGUGAGCUGUAUCUGCGCGCCGGGGUAUACGGGCGAUCUGUGCGAGGCGCAACUAGCGCCACCUGAAUGUGGCAUAGAAGAAUGUGCAGAGGUUUGCAAAGAUGGCACUGCAUGUGACUGCAACCCAAAAGAUACGGACUUUGCUUCAGCUAAAUUCGAAACUGGACUGCAGGUAGUGGGCCAAGUUGAAAACAUAUCACAAGAAAUUGUUAAAGAGUUAACAACGUAUCUAAAAGCAUCCAAUAUAACGCUGGAGGAUGAAAUAGAAAUUCUUAAUAUUAGUUCAGAGGCGGCGGGUGGGGCGCGCACGGCCCGGGUGCGUGUGUGGGGCGCGCGGCGCGAGGCGGGGGCCCUGCGUGCGGCCCUGGCGCGCCUCGCCGCCUCGCGCAGCCGUGCGCACGCGCUGCGCAUACUGCCCACUGCACACCACGUGGAAAUGCAACCCGCGCUUAGUUUACACACUUUGGUAGUGAACCAGCGACCAGAACUAUGGGAAGGCUCAGAGUUCAUACUGACAUGUAUGGCGUACGGAUCUCCCAACAUUGCCUUCACGUGGUACAAAGACGGUGUCAAGAUAAAUUUUAAUGGCACAACGAGAGAUAUUUGGACGCGCACAGUUUCAGAAGAUGCACUAGGUCGUCGAAUGUCUGUGUUGGGCGUAUCAGAAGCAAAACGACUUGACGGUGGCAAGUGGUCCUGUGCAGCAGAUGACGCUGGCAGGAGACGCUGUAGAGCGUUGAGGCUGACGGUGUUGAGACCGCCUGAUAUACGACUUGUACCUUCUACGAUAACUGUCCAUAAAGGUGAUAAUGUGAGUAUCACGUGUCUGGCGGGAGCUGGCCGGGUACACGGCGUGCUCGGGUUCAGCUGGGCAAGGGAGAGGACGCUACUGCCGAUGGUACCUGGCAAAGAGGUCUGGGAGGAUCUGUACCCUGCGGGAAGCGUUCUCAAACUUUACAAUGUGCAAAAAUCCAGCGAGUUUCGAUGUCAAGUAUCAUCAGUGGCCGGCACCAACGCCAAAGGUGUGACCAUGUGGGCCCUAGGAGCUGAUGACGUAGCGUGUGAGAGCGACGCCUCCCACGGUCUGCGCUGGCCGAAGACUGCUCCCGGUGCUCAUGCGACUGCGUCCUGUCCGCCGGGCCAUAGCGGGGAGACUACCAGGUUUUGUGAACCAAAGACGGGUCAGCAAGGUGUUAAGUGGAUGCUGCCAGACUUCUCCGGCUGUGUUGCUGAAUCACUGAGGGAUAUAUAUGAACAGUUUACCCUGAUAUCAUUGGGGUACUCCUGGGGAGCGGUAUCGCACGUGUCGCGGCAGUAUGGCUCCGUGCUGCGGUCUCUGCCCACACACCCGGGUGAGGGCCAGCCUCCCCUCACACAUGCAUCUCACAUGCUGCAGUACCUCCUGUCGACUGCGGCUCAACCUGCCGACCGGUACCACAGCGCCGAACAUCUUCUCAACAUCUACGACACCUUGCUCAAACACCCCGAUGCUUUUUUGGAUGAAGAGAAAAUCUUCGAUCUCCAAAAAGCUGUGGUAGAUACAGCUGGUAUGAGAAGUGACUUAGACAAGCGCUACCAAGAGUUCACAGUCAAAACUAAAUCCGUACAUGACGACAACGCGGCACACUUUGAGCUGCAGCCAGCUCCAGUGGGGAGUGAGGAGUGGGUCGUGACGUCAGCAGGAGUUGAGCUGGCGGCAGCCUCUGGAAACGCUUCCGUAGUGACCGUGCUUUACCAUAACCUAGGAGCAAGAUUACCGUCCUUGAGAAGAUACGUAGAGUACAACAGCACCUCUUCCAGGUCUGGCCGAGCGACAGAGUACACGGUAGCAUCGCAACAAGUGCAAGUAUCAGCGAGUGGCGCGGGAGUCGACGCUUCGCUUCCUCAUACUGUGACACUGCUGUUCGCGCAUUCCAAAAACUACAGUGCUAUUGCGUCUCAGCUAGCAUGCGGCGUUCGGUCGCGGUCGUCACCACGCGUGUGGAGCAUGCAGGCGUGCGAGGUGCGCGUGCCUGAACACACGCACGUCGCGUGCCGCUGCCGGGGCCUCGCCACUAUCGCACUCUUCACUGUCGACAGGGAGACACUCACAGACUCAGAAAAAGAUCUUCGAGGAAUAGUGAAAGUCACAGUGAGCCUUGGAGGUGCAAUGUGUCUUGUUGCGGCAUUACUGCAGCUCCUCAGUCUGGUGGCCGGUAGCAAGGCCAGGCUGCCCAUACUGCUCAAAGCCGCCACUGCUGCCACGCAUUCCGCAGCGGUGUUGGCUCUCCUGGAGUGCGACACGCGGCAGUCGGCGUGUCCCGGGCCGCUGGGCUGGGUAUGCGCGGCGUGCUGGUGUGCGGGCUGUGCCGCGCUGUGUGCGCAGCCACUGCUCCUGCACGCUGAGCUGGCUGCCUCGGCUACACGCGCGCCCUCUGUCGGCCUGCUGGCGGGCGUGUGCACGCUGUGCUGGCUGACAGCGCGACUGUGGGGCGGUGCACCACUGCAGCUCGGCGCAGCUGCUAACGCCGUGUGUGGCGCGGGCGCCGCACUGUUGGCCGCGCUCACCCUUUGCCUUGCUCUCUGUGCAGCCAGGACGUUACGAACGGUGACACACAAGCUACCCCCCGAUAGACGCUCGUACGUGCGGGAGCGCGCACGUGUUGUGCGGCACACAUUAGUGUUAUUAUUCACAACGUCAGCAACACAGGCGGCUGGGGUUGCGUACGCGCAGCCGGGCGAGAGGACCAUGCCUCACGUCACCGCACUGUCAGUUGCUGCUCUCGCCAACGGCAUAGCAAUGCUGAUAUGCUACGUGAUCUGUGAUGAAGAGUGUCUGCAUGCCGCGAGACGGCUACUCACACUCUCCUCCCACAACGAGUGGCACGAGUCACCGGAGGGAGACACCUCGCUUAGUUUGUACAUAAAGCAAGGACGUGAGGUGGAGUGCUCUUCAUCCCACGUGUCACCAGCCAACACAUACUGGCGAGCGCCUCCGCUGGAGGCUGCCAGCACAAUGCACAGGCGCGAGUCGAGCGGCGCGUGCGUGGCGGACAUAGUGCGCUGCGUGGAGUACAAGCAGGCGCUGCUGUCGCCGCGCGCCGUGGACUCGCGCGCGCUCUGCGAUCUCAUACCCACCGGUGGUGCAAGUGUGUGUGCACCCACACAGUCGCACGUGUCACACGUGUGUGUGGAACUGCGCGUACUGCCCGCGUCACCGCCAGUGCCGCGUGCGCAGCCAUACAGCGACAGUAGUGACACGCCGAAGGAAAGCUGCACAAUGUGCUCACAGUCGAGUCCUGAUGUGUCGGUGCCAGCACCAGCACCAGCUCGACCAAUCAAGAGCUGCCUCAAGAAGCGCUCCUCGCAGCUGUCAUGGAGCAGCUCGCUGCCGUCCAUCCACCGGGAAUGUGACGACAACAACCAAUCACACACACAGCUAGUCAACACACACUCCCCCACGACUACCCACACAUACACACCCACAGACAAAGUGCUCAACAAGAUAUCACACGACCUGGACUUCUUGUUGAACAGGACGCCGAGCCGCGCCGCCGACGCGUGCGCACAACGCAUAGAGGAGGCGCCCACUUAGUAGUGCGCGCGCGCAUAGCUGUAAGGUAACUUGUACGUACUUGUGGGAACAGGGAGUCAAAUGUACAUAUUGUAUUAGUAGUACAGACUGUAUAGAUAAAUUAAUUAUAGAAGUAAGAUGUUUUUUUAAUAUUUUGAAAUUAUAUCGUAAAUAAAAAUGUAAAUACGGAUGUGUUUGUUCGUUGAAUAUAUUCGCUGAAACGGCUGAAUGGUGAUAGAAAAGACCCCAGAGGCUUUUGGUAGAUAGCGAAUAAAAUCCUUGAGCGUAUACUCGAGUGAAACACCGGAAAGCAGCAAGUUGCUGCACAAAUAAAGAGGUACCUUAUAUUUGCAGCGUCUGUAGUAUUAAACAAUUCUGAACAAGUUCAUUGUAAAAUAUUAGUUAAAUUGAAUCAAAUUAACUUUUGUUACAAAUAAAUGAUCAAAAUAUCGAGACAAACGUGUGAUAUAAUUUUGGAGCGAAUGAUAUGUAAUACGUUAAUGUAAAUAUGUAGUUAGAUAAUAAUGUUGUUUUGAGAAAAGACUAAAAAUGUUGUUUCAGUAUGAUGACAAAUGAGUCCAAAGGUGUACGCACAUUUAUCCGAGCCGAACGCGCUGUACAAAUCGAAGUCAAUGAA